GAAUCCAGUGGUGUUCUUCGCGACCUUUGUGCAGAAGAUUGGGCAAAGCUUAGCGACACAGUUGGAGCUGGACUACCCCGUCAGUAGCUCUUCGCGCCGUCUCUGGGAAGCAGACUCUGUUCAAACUUUCAUGCGACAGCUUGCUGGGGAUAGUUCUACCACUGUCGAGUUCUGCACGGGCACCCACUUGGCUGACCACCUGUCUGCCUGUGAGGAGUACCAUGCGCAGCUCAGAGCCACAGUGCUCUUCUCCGCGUUCGCGUCAUCUGCACUCUUGGCGGCCAUCUUCCUUCUCUUGGGGAAGGCACAGCUCACGAAAUACGUGUCGUAUGUGCCAACCUCAGUGCAGGAGGCAUUCCUGUCCUGCAUCGGCUACAAAGUUUUUAAGUAUGCUCUCAAGUUCAGCAACUAUGACUACUACCAGUUUGUUCCCGCUGCAUGCGUGGGGGAAAUUCCCAAGAUGAAGAAGGAUGAGAAUUUCUGUAUCUUACCAGCUUUUGCCAUACAUACAGUAAUGCCGCUGGGUAUCCUUCUGCCCCUGGGCCUUUUCUGGGCAAUCGUCGCUGGAUCUGGCUAUGAUGUAGAAGCAGACGCAAACGAUUUCUUCUUUCCGAAGAUGACCAAUGAUCCUUUCUACCUCAUUUGGACCGACAGCAUCGGGCAGUACAGCAAGAUCAACUUCACAGCCUGGACAGCAACAUUCACAGAUCUCGGGAUCAUGAUUCUGGUGGUGGUCCUGGACUGCUCUUUGAAGAUUUCUGCAACCGAGAACAAGAUUCCUGUUAAGGUGGACAAGAACUACGAGAUCUCCCUUUACGGGGCCGUAAACGUGUUGGUCUCGUUAUUUGCAUCCACGGUGG